GGAACUAACAAUUUUCGCUUCGUCAUGAGGCUGUCGGGCCCAAUGGCCUGUAGUAUGCACCACGUUGCUUUUCAUCUCUGGUGUCAUGCAUUGAGCAGUGAAACAACAGUAAGUCUCAACUAUAAGAUGUAGGAGAGGCCAGGCAGCAGUGACAAACCUUUCCGGCACAACACCGUCUACGCGACUGGUAAGAGCAGGAAGAAUACCUGGGCUCGUUCAGACGGAACACAUCAAGCUUCUUUACAUCGAUAUCAUUCCAUUAGCAUUUUGGUUAAGCGCCCAUACCGACGCAGAACAACACCAUCUGUCAUAUCAAGCCCGGUCAAGGAAUCUGCACACCGAUGCCAUUCAGUCUCGCCAUCAUUGGUGCAGGCCCCGCGGGCCUCACGCUUGCCCGCCUCCUCCAGGUUGCCUCUGUCGACAUCUCCAUCACCAUAUUCGAAAAGGACGCCAGUCCCACGUCUCGAUUCUUCCAGGGCGGCUCACUCGACUUACACACAGACACGGGGCUCGCUGCUCUCAAAAAAGCCGGGCUAUGGGAAGAAGCGCUCAAACACCUCCGUUAUGAAGGUGAGGAACUCUUCAUCGCCGACAAGAACGACACGGUCAUCAUCCACCUCAAGGAUCAGCCCAAACUCAAAAGCAGAGAGUCGCAUUUGGACUAUGAGAGACCGGAGAUAGAUCGAGAGGUCCUGAAGGAUAUGCUACUAGAGAGUGUUGGCGGGGAGUGCGUGAAGUGGGGAAAGACACUGCAGUCGAUUGAACCUGAGGCCGGUAUCCUGACCUUUCGCGACGGGACGAGCGCCGGGCCAUUUGAUUUGGUUGUCGGCGCAGAUGGAGCGUGGUCGAAGGUACGACACGUCUUGACAGACGUGAGGCCGCACUAUGCGGGUAUCUGUGGCUUUGAAAGCCGCAUCUCGCAGCCAAAUGAGCAACACCCGAAGCUGUCGAAGAUGGUUGGCAACGGCAGUUACUUUUCAUACUCCGACGGAAAGUCUCUAACAGCGCAGAGGAUGGGCGAUAAGUCAAUCAAGAUCGGCACCUGGGUAAAAAAGGAAGACGACGAGAACUGGGCAACGGAUAUGCUGGCUGCUUAUGGUGACAACGAGGAGAAAUUGAAGGACAAGAUUCUGGAAAACUACCAAGACUGGACACGCCAACAGAAGGAACUGCUCCGUGUUAGCACCACAUUCCGUGCUUCGCCGCUCUACGAGUUGCCCGUUGGACAUACCUGGGAACACAAGAAGGGGUAUACCCUGAUUGGAGACGCUGCAAGCCUGAUGACGCCGUUUGCUGGCGAAGGGGUGAACAAGGCGAUGAAAGAUUCGCUGGAGCUGGCUGAAGCCCUCGAGAAAGCCUUGAAGGAGCAGAGCAACGUGGAUGAAGCAGUACGCCAGUACGAAGAGAACAUGUUCCCGCGGGCAAAGAGAAUUCAAAGAAAGACGAUGACGAACAAGCAGGGCAUGUUCAGCACGGAAGGACCUGUGAAGUUUCUGGUCGGCAUGAUUGAUGGGGCUGCUGAGGAAAUGGGCAAGGAUCUCACCAAGGGAUGGUUAGCUUGGGUCCCGUUCAAGACGAUAAUGUACACCUAUGUGGUAUCUGUACAGACUUUUGGAGCUUGGAAAAGGAGGGCGGGAGAUUGGUUUCGGAGGGAAUGAGGAUGGAACGACACAACAUAUAUGGUCCGCCUCGCAGGUCAAGGACAGCGUCUUUUCGCCACUACAGAUACCCAGCUCGGUUAAUUUCAGGAUGUAUAUAGCUUUCGAAAGACCUUAGACUAUACUUAGAUGAUGGUCAUGUGGAGUAUGG